UAAACAGUGCCGUCCUUCUUCGUCUGCCUCCGACAGGAGAUUUAGUUUCACGACAUAAUGGCGAACAUUUCUUUGUCAACAAUAAAUUCCAGCGGAAAAGGAUGUGGCGAUUCAACCCAGCUUGCAGGAAGCAGUGACAGCGAUUCCAUCAAAGUUUUUGUGCGGGUGCGACCUCUGACCCAGGGUACUGGGCUGACCACAGAUGGAGAUCAGAGUCUCUGUCUCUCAGUCACCUCACCCAACACCAUCCGUCUGCUCUCAAAACCAGAACCACGAACCUUCACCUAUGAUCAUGUUGCUGAUAUGGACACAUCUCAGGAAUCUGUAUUUACCAGUGUGGCAAAGAAUAUUGUUGAGUCUUGCAUGAAUGGAUAUAAUGGAACUAUAUUUGCCUAUGGACAAACAGGCUCAGGGAAAACAUUUACCAUGCUUGGACCGUCUGAGUUGGAUAACUUCACAGAUGAACUAAGGGGGGUCAUUCCUCGAAGUUUUGAGUACAUAUUUUUUCUCAUCAACAGAGAAGUGGAAAGGUCUGCUCAGUCCAAGAGUUUCCUUUGCAAAUGUUCAUUUAUUGAGAUAUACAAUGAACAAAUUUAUGACCUUCUGGACACCGCCUCAGCCAGCCUUUUCCUCAGGGAGAACAUCAAGAAAGGUGUGUUUGUUGAGGGAGCUGUGGAGAAGUUUGUCAACUCAGCUGCUGAAGCCUACCAGGUGCUCUCUAUGGGCUGGCGUAAUCGACGAGUGGCCUCCACCUCCAUGAACCGUGAGUCCUCCAGAUCUCAUGCCGUGUUCACCAUGACUUUGGAGUCCAAAGAGUCCAUCAAUGAAGUGGUGAACAUCCGAAUGUCUCAGUUGAACCUGGUAGAUCUGGCAGGGUCUGAGAGGCAGAAAGACACACACGCAGAAGGCUCCAGACUCAAGGAGGCCAGCAGUAUCAAUCGCUCCCUCAUGUGCCUUGGUCAGGUGAUCAUGGCACUGGUUGAUGUGUCCAAUGGCAAGAACCGCCACAUCUGCUACAGGGAUUCUAAACUCACCUUCUUGCUGAGGGACUCUCUUGGAGGAAAUGCAAAGACCUACAUCAUAGCCAAUGUGCAUCCUGGUUCAAAAUGUUUCGGAGAAACACUGUCCACCCUGCAUUUUGCCCAAAGAGCAAAGUUGAUCAAGAAUAAGGCCAUUAUCAAUGAAGACACACAGGGAAAUGUAAGGCAGUUACAAGCUGAGGUGAAGAAGCUGAAGGAGCAGCUCACACAGGCACUUGCUUCUCAGGCAGUGCACUAUGGGAGAGAUGUCGCACCAGGAGGACCUGAACUCUCUAUGGGUCCAUCUAUAGAAAUUCAGCAUGAUGUCUCACAUAAAGCAAAGUUUAUGGAUGCUGUUCGUCUGUUAAAGAAGCGAGAAGAGGAGAAGAGGAUACUGCUGGAGAAGGUGGCUCAGCUUGAGGAGGCCUUCGCCCAGAAAGACAAGUUCAUCCAUUCCAGCCGAAUGAUUGUCAGGUUUCGGGAGGACCACAUAUCACGCCUUGAGAAAAAAUUGAAGGAGGGACAAGGCUUACUGACAGACAAGGAGUCUCAGGCUCUGAUUGACCAUCUGAAAGAAGAAAUAAAUAUCUUGAGAGAUCAGGUUGAACAUCACCCAAAGAUGACUCGAUAUGCAGCGGAGAACUUCAGCCUUAGACAGGAGAACCGACAUCUCCGUUCUCUUGAAUCAGUGGUGAAAGCUGAAGAGGCUGCAGCCACAGUUGCUGCAGAGCUGGAUGAGGUCUACCAUAGGGCUAUGGAGGCAGAGAGACUCACAGAGACUCCAGCAGCCUCUUCAACCCCUAUGGCUGGAGAUACUGUCUCUGCAGCCACAACUGAGAGACUGAAGGCUCAGCUGCUUCAGAAACAGUCUGACCUCACAGCUGCCCUUCGGGCCUUUGAGGAAUACAAAGAAGUCACCAAGAAACAGAUGUCUCAGCUGGAGUCUGAGAAAAGAUACCUUGACAAGUCCAACAAGCAUUUGGAAAACAUUCUGGAAGCCACAAACGCUCACAAAAAACUGGAGGUCUCUGAGCUGAACAGAAUUCAUGUUGAAACUAUAAAGAUUCUCACCACGCCCACCAAGGCAUACAGCUUGCGGUCCCGUCUCGUGCCUCUCUCCAGCCCAGACCACCUGAAUGGAACAGAUGAUAAUGCAGAUGACAUUUGGGACGAGCAGCCGCCUUCAGACAUGACCGAGAUGGCAUUGACUGAGGAAUUGCGUCAAGUGCAGGAGCAAGCUGGUCGUGUCCAGACACAGCUGAAUGAAGAGGAGCUAAAGAACAGCAAGCUGUUGCAGCAAAUUGCAAGACUUGAGGAGCAGAUCACUGUGAUAUCACAGGAGUCUGACCGCAAGGAUGAGCUACUUUCUACUGAGCGAGUUAACAAGAACAGAGAUCAGCUCAACCUGGAAGAAGCUGUCAGUAAACUGCAACAGAGCCUUCAGUCUGAACAGCAAGCCGCCGAAGUGCUGAGGAGUGAGAUCCGUGAUCUACGCCUGGUGCUGCAGUCGUCCGAUAAGGAGCUGGCCACUGUGAAGAACGAGCUAAGCGAGGCCCACAAUGAGCAGCAGAGAGAGACGAGCCAGCUAUCCAACAGUCUGAUCAGCACACAGCUCCAACUUGACAAAGUCCAGUUGGAGUGGGAGCAGCUUCUGGAGCAGCAUCGGACACUACAGGAUUCAUUUGACCAGCUGCAAGCUGAGGCCAGGUUUGAGGCUGAUCAGGCAAGACAGCAGCUGCAGGACAGGCAGCACGAGAUUGAUAACUUCAAAGCACAGCUCACGGUAUUGAAUAAUUCUCUGCAAUCUGAGCAAGAGCAUACAAGCACCCUGAUCUCUCAGUUAAGAGAAAACAAAGAAAAUACAUCAAAAGAACUUAUUGAAACUGUGGAGCAGAAUACACAACUGAGGAAGCAAGUCUCAGACCUGACAGUACAAAGUCAACAAGAGGCAUCCAAAAUUGUUGAUCUUGAACAAGAUCUCAAAUCUGCCAAUGAAACGAUAAAAGGCUUGGAGCAGAAGAUUGAACAGGACAAAGAUGUUGUUUUAGAUCUGAUUAAUCAAACCAGAGACCUUCGCUGUGAGCUGAGCCAGAAGGACCACAACAUUUCCCACCUGUCUGGAGACAUCAAAGAUAUUACAGCCAAGUACAGUGCUGCCUGCCUUGAAAGGGAGGAUAUCUGUGAGCAAAACUCUAAGAUGCAGACAGAAAUCUGUGACCUGAAAGAAGCUUUAGACAGACGUGUAGCAUCCAACAAUAUAGAGGUCGAGGUGUUGCAGGAGGAGAUUGCAUAUGCUACUGAGGAGAUUGAGAGACUCACUAAGGUCUUAGAUGAGCAGAACAGCCUCCUCCAAGCAAAUCAAGAACAAACAGCCCAGAAGGAUAUCAUGAUACAGAAUCUACAGCAGAAGGUGCGAAAACAGCAAGAAGCUGUUGAAAGAACUAUCAGAAAUGGAAGUUCCGAACCCCUCAUUGAGCUGACGGUCACCCCUAGAUCCUUACCUCGGACACCCUGCACUCCAGGAAGUUUCAGUAGGGACCUGACCCAGGUGCUGGAGAGCCAGGAGAGGGAGCUGGAGAAUCGCCGCUCCUCCAUGAUGACCAUGGAAAUUCUUUUAAGCGAACUGAACGCUGAAAGAACUGCCAAGAAUGAGGAGAUCCAAAGGCUUAAGACACAGCUGACUGAGAAAGAGAUGGUCCAAAUAGAGAUCCAAAGUUUGCUUGAUGGGUUUUGCAACAAGCAGAGCCAGAAUGGAAAUAAUAACGGUGAGGAUUUGAACACCAUCAAGCAGUCUUUAUUUCAAGAGCUACAGUCGGAGAGAGCAGAGAAGAGCAAAAUAAUGCAGAAGCUGUCCGAUACUGUAAAAAGGCUGCAGGCGCAGGAGUCAAUGUUAGCCCAGUCUCAAACCUGUGUUCAGGAGCUGACCACUGAGCUGAGGAACCGCUGUCUGGAGUUGAGAGAGCUGAGCCACAGAAUACAGGAUGAGGAGAAACUACUCCAGGAGAACGAGGUUCUUCGUAAGCAGAAUGUUCAGCUGUCAGAGGAGAAUGGAAAACUUGUGGGGCAUAAGAACCACAAACAGAGAAUUGAAUAUCUGGUGAAGCUGAAAAAGGAAAACACCAAACUGCAAGAGGAGAAUGAAAAGCUCAGAACGGAGAUUGGCUUGAUGCGAGACCACAAUGGAUGUCCACCCCUAGAGAUGACAAAUUCCUGAUUUUUGGUGAACUUGCAUUUUUACCAGUGAAGAAGUGAAUUUUUUACAUAUUUUUUUUUUUACUUCAUUGACUUGGUCAGUUCUUUAAAGGCAUUGUGAUUCAUGUUUUUUAUUCUUUUUUUCAUUCAGGGAAUGUGCAGUAAUGAUUUUCUUAUGAAAUACGCAUAUUUUAAUAAUAAAUGUUAUUUGUAUAACACCUUUCAUACAAGAAAUGCAGCUCAGAGUGCUCUACAAGAAAGAAAUCACAUGCAAUAAGUGCUUCACAAAAAAAUACAUAGAAUGAACAUUAAAAAAACACUUGAUAAUAGUAAAAAUAAGAUAAAGGUGCAGAAAAACAGGAAUAGAAUGCCACAAAUAAGGUAAGUUAUGAUAGAGAAUAAAACCUUCUUGAUAAUAUUAGUAAAAACAAAGACAGAAUGUGUAGCAUAAGACAGAAAAUAAAAGCCACUGAAUAAUAACAUUAAAGUGUAUCAGGAAAGUCAUAGCAGGUUAAAGCGAAAGUGAAGACAUAAAUACAUUUUUAGCUUUCUUUUAAAUGUUUAGCAAUUUUACUGGUAUCCUCAGGUUGUGUGUUCCAGAACUUUGGAGCAUAAUUGCCAAAGGCUGCAUCCCUGAUUUUCUCUCAGCUGUUGCUGGGAACCAGUGCUCUUAAAGGUAAAUGGUUAACCUGUCCUAGCCCAUUAAGGGCCUUGUAUGUAAGGAGGAGGACGACAAUAUAUAAUACCUCUUAUAAAGUUUUGGCCUGGAGGCAUUCUGUACCUUUACAUUGAUCUGCUAUUGCAGACCAGCUGUGACGUUACUUCCAUUAGUUCAGCUUCAUCUUUGCUUGAUAGGUUGUUUCUGAAGUACAUUAGUACACCUAGACACAUUGGUGUCAGACUGCAAUGAAAUUACAACAAUGCUGAAGAACAUCUUGAUGUGAAAACUGAACAUUUCUGUGUUCAGAAUAUUUUAGGUGCUUACGGUUAGUCUGGUGCUGAUUGUUGCUUGACCAUCUGAGUUAUAUGUAUGUCUCGCUUAAUGUGUUGUGUUUUUUUUCCUGAACAGUAAUGGGACUGAA